AUGCGCCAUCAGCUCCUAUUCGCCUUCAUUGCGCCUGCAGUAUUGGCAGCAUUAUUACUGGACUCUCGCGGUGACUGUCGACAAGGAUACACCUUAUGUUCUCCCGCCGCCGCCACAAACGCUAAUACCCCACAAAUUGGCGAUUCGGAUUUUGUGAAUCUAUUCCAAGAUAUCGUUCUCUCUUCUUUGCCUGCGAGCAAACGAUCACUUUCUUCCUCUUCAGAAGCCAAUAACGAAAAACGCGAUUCAGCUUCACUAUGUUGCGUCUCUUCCCUCACAUGUCUUUCUAUGCACUCUCUAAACAUACCCUUUUGCUACGACCAAUUUACAACCAACUAUUAUCUCUCAGAUGAUAGUUACGGAACUGUAGUAGGAGGCUCCUAUACCUCUUCCUCCGGCGCCACCGCCAACUUGGAAACGGGAGAUUAUACAAACGAAGAUGAAACGACGGGAAAUAUCUACAGCAGCAACGAAGCCGCCAAACCCAACACGGCAACUCUACCCAUGCCCUCCCAAUUCACCGCCAGCGGGGUCGGCAGCGCGAUCCCUGCAUCUGCUUUAGGUGGAGUUACGAUUACCUAUACGACGACACUCCCUGCUAGCACGAUCCCAGCUACAACGAUUCCCGCAACCACCAUUUCGGAAAGUAUUGCCACGUACACUAUUUCGGUACCAACGACGAUCACGACGUCGAUUGAGGGCAGUCGGGUUUUCAGUACGGAGGUGGAGGUGGAGACUAUGCUGACGACGGUUCCGGGGACGACGAGAGGUGCCUCGACGAGGAGUGCGAGUACGGUUAGUGAGAGUGUGGCGACUAUUACGACGGUGGUGCAGAGUGGGAGUGGGAGUGGGAGUGGAAGUACGGGUAGUGCGGCAAGUGCGACGUCGAGUGCGACGAAGAAGAGUGGUGGGGGGAAGGUUGGGGUGGAAAUGGGAUUUUUUGGGUUUGUGGGCUUGCUGGGGGUUAUGAUUUUGGAUUUUUGA